UUUAUACGACAACUUUAAUUUCUUGCCACUUCACUUUCUAGUGUGCAUUUGCAGAGAAAGACUUGACACAAGCCUUAGUUUUUUAUUUUUCUUUUUCUAACUGUUUCCUCCAGAAAAAGAGAGAUGGCAGCUACAACAUGCUGUGCUGUGUUAAACGGGUUGGGAUGUUCCUUCUUAUGUGGAGGAAAGAGGAGCUAUACCCUUCAGGCUGCUCCCAUUGUGGCAGCAGCUGCUAUACUGCCCCAAAGAAGUCAUGGAUCCCUGCUGUCAAAGCUGGUGGUAAUUUCAUUGACCCUGAAUGGCUUGAUGCCUCGCCUAGGCAAAGAUCCAGCAUUUCCUCAGAUGGUACAGACAGAGAGGCUGAGCUCAUUCAUGGUUUGUGGCUGGUGCUGACCCCAUUGCGGCACUGCCAUUGCUCCUUUCUCCUUUGGUUCUCUUUUGGGGACACAAUUGCUUCUCAUGGGUUGGGUUGAGAGCAAGAGAUGGGUGGAAUGGGCCACACCGUGGCAAAAUCAAGGAUGGAGAUUACAUUGCACACAGAGAGAAGCUAGAGAGAUUAAGCAUGCUAGGA